AUAACCAAAGUAUUACAAAUUAUUAUGUAUUAAGUAUUGCAAAAUAUAUUAAACUCCUUAACUAAUCUAAUUAAAAAUAAUCUGAAAUUUAGUUGACUCCAGUUAAACUGGUUUUAAAUAGAUGUGAUCAGGUUACUAAGUACUUGUCAGAUUUUUAUUCAUAGUAUUUCAUUAAAAAAGAUGUUCUACAGACCCUUUCGUAGCUGUUUCGGUUUAUUACAAGCUGAAAAAGCUCAGCUAACUCUAGUUGCAGGUUUAAAAUAUUUUCCUCCGCCAAAAAAUUAUGACCAUAUUGAAAUACCCGAAAGACAAAGGUUGCGGGUAUAUGAUAAAGUGCCACAGUAUCCUCCAAACUUAAAACCACCCAAGAUGCAGAAGAGACUCAGGUACAUGAGAGGACCAGAGGAAGUCCACACAACAUUACAGUUGAAACAAUAUGGUGUCCGUGCCACUGGAGGUGGAAGAAUGAAACACGAACAUUUUGAAAUGGCUCGCUUAGUUGUUGCCAGGAAAUUAGACAUGAAGCGUAUGUUUGCCAUCUGGAGAAUAGAUCCUCCAUGGCAACCCAUAACCAAGAAAGGACAAGGUCAGCGAAUGGGUGGUGGAAAAGGAGCUAUUGAUCAUUAUGUAACCCCUAUUAAAUCUGGUAGAAUCAUUCUUGAAGUUGGUGGCAAAUGUGAAUAUGCUGAGGUACACGACAUGUUGAGAAUAAUAUCUGAAAGAUUGCCUUUCAAAGCUGAGCCAGUUUCUGAAGAGAUUUUAGAGCAGAAAGCAGCUGAAGAAAAAUGGUUAGAAGAAAAUAACAAAAAUGAAUACACAAUGAAAUAUAUUAUACAGAACAAUAUGGGUGGCUGUCACAAAAUGCUGUCUCCAUUUGAUCACAAAUGGUAUACGAAAUAUUUGUAAUGUUAAUGUUCAACUUAAAAAUAUAAUUUGUAGUAUGAAUUAGA